UGUAAAAUGGCGGCGUGAGAGAGGCUCGUUCAAAACACAUCGUUUUACGUUUUUGUGUCUGUGGAGGUGUUUAGCUCACAUUUGAAGCGGUCGGCGUCACCUGGAGCGGCCACAGAAUCAGUCAGGACUUACAUUCCGGAAAAGAGAGGUGGGAUGGCGAAGAGGAUCGCGGAUAAAGAGCUAACGGACAGGAACUGGGAUCAGGAGGAGGAGGGAGAGGAGGCUGGGACUUUUUCAGUUGCAAGUGAAGAUGUGUUGAAGAACCGAGCGAUUAAGAAGGCCAAACGCCGCAAUGUAGGAGCAGAGGGGGAAAGUGGAGGAGCUUUCAAAGGUUUUAAAGGGUUUUCUUUGACCACGUCAGCAGCGAGCGGAGGCUCGGCCUCAACUGUGUUUUCUGGUUUUGGGAACGGUGGAGGCUUCAAAGGCCUCGGCGGUCUGACCAAUGGAAACAGCAUCACUCCGUCAUUUGGAGGUUUCUCAUCUCCUGCUACAUCCACUGCUUCACCAGGUCUAACAUUCAACGGCCCCACCUCCACCAAACCCACCAGUGACAUCACUGCCAAGCAGACCAAUGGCUCCUCCCCGAGCCCGACUCAAAGCUCCAGCAGCAGCAGCAGUGUCAGCAGCAGCAAGGAGUACAGCCGGCAGCUCACCGCGCUCAACUGCUCUGUGCGGGACUGGAUCACCAAACACGUGAACGACAACCCUCUGUGUGAUCUCAACCCCAUCUUCAGGGAUUAUGAGCGACACCUGGCCAGCAUCGAGCGACAGUACGGGGCCGGAUCUGCUGCUCUGGCUGACGGAGGCUCGGAUGAGAAGAAGCAGGGAGGGACGCUGACAACCACAGCCACCCCUCCUCCUCCUGCUUCAUCUUCCUCCUCCAGCAGCCCGGCGGCUCCAGCUCCAGUCGCUGCUUUGUUCUCCUUUGGUAAAAAAACGACAGAAGACUCGACUCGGGACAAAACCUCCACCGCUGCUCCGAUUCCCACAGGCGUCACUUUUAACUUUGGUCAGAAGGUAGACAGCUCGGUCCUCGGCUCCUUGGGGUCCAAAACGACGACCCCCAGCUUCUCCUUCUCCUCCUCCAGCGCCUCCUCCAGUCAGACCUCCCUGUUCGGAGCUGCUGGAUCUGCUGCUCCUCUGUCCUUCAGUGGGACAAAAGCUGAGGACUCUCAGCCUGCAGAUGAGAACGGAGACGAAGAGUCGGAGGAGCCGCCCAAACCGGAGGUCAAGGAGGUGAAAGAGGAAGAUGCUUUCUACUCAAAGAAGUGUAAAAUGUUCUACAAGAAGGACUCAGAGUUCAAAGAGAAAGGAGUGGGAACUCUGCACCUCAAAGAAACGGCAGAGGGAAAAACACAGAUGAUCAUUCGUGCCGACACCAAUCUGGGAAACAUCCUGCUCAACAUCAUCGUGCAGUCAUCCAUGCCGUGCUCCCGGGUCGGUAAGAACAACGUGAUGGUGGUUUGCGUCCCGAACCCGUCCAUCGAUGACAAAAACCCCAGCAGCCCCGUCCCCCUUCUCCUCCGGGUCAAGACCGCUGAGGACGCCGACGAGCUCCACAAGACUCUGGAAGAGAAGAAGGGCUGAACCCUGAGCUCUUAGCAGACUUCAUCUGGUCAUCCUCAGACCCUCCAGACUCACCGACCUCCUCACCCCGGUUUCUCACACACACACACACACACGCACACACACACCUAUUUGUACUUAAUCAUCCCGGUAGAUCAGCUGUUUGGUCACAAUAAAUAGUUCGUCAUACUGUGAAAUAUUUUCGGUUCUUUUAAAUCAUAAGUAUCAGAAGCAGGUGGUCGUCGCUCCUCGACUCGGUCACAUUCCUCCCGAUUCGACGCUGCUGCUGAGAAACAGAACGAUGGAUCUGAUCAGUGUUUAAUUUCUACUGUUUUAAUUUGCUCAGAAUGACUGAACGUGUGAAUCCAGAAGAAUUAUGAUGAUUAUUGUGCGACAUCUGCGAUCCUUACCACUGAGUCUUUGGGGAAAGCUCCAAAUAAAGAAGGUCCAGUCGAUUUGGUUUUACAAAUUAAAUACUUACAGUAACAGUUAAUUUUUUAAUGAACGUGUCGAGGAUUUAGAGCUGAGUGUCUGCUGAGUGUUUGGGUUUUUUUUUGCUCUGGAAACUAUUUAUUGUGUCGGCAGGAUUUGUACUCACUGAUUGAACCUUGUGUGAAUGUUUCCCCUGAAGAGCUUCUGAAACGGUGGAAGUGUCAAACAGACCAGCUCCUUUAUUUUUCUGUAAACAUGGACUCUGUUGUUUUCCAAGUGUCCUUUGUGUGGCCUUCGGUUCGGCCUUCGAGAUGAGGCAUGCUGUCACCGUCUGAGAACAUUUGUAAAGACAUUUAUUGGGGAAUAAAAGGAAACCAACUCGG